AUGACUACUUAUAAUCCAAAUAUCUCUGGUCAUUUCCCUAUUCAUGGAAGCAAAAUGUCAGGAUUCUUUUUUCGUAAACGCGUAGAACGAAUCGAUUGGAAGCGUUUAGCUUCCAUUGAUGUUCGUAAAGUUGCUAGUCAGGUAGACAUUGAUGUUUUACAGGAAAACCUCUUUAACGUCGCAUUUUGCGAUAUUGAUUCCGAAAUAGAUACGCGCUAUGUUGAUACAAAUCUUGUCAAGUUAUUUCAACUUGCACAACUUCUGAUUGAAUAUCUCCUUUAUUCGCAAGACUAUUUGACUGGCACAGUUGACAGUCUACGCCGAGAAAAUGAAAAUAUCAAGAAAGAAACAGAUUUGUUAAGAAAGCGUCUAGAUGAACAAGCUCGACGGCUGACAACGACACGAAAAGAAUGUCAUCGUCGACGACUUCUUCUUUUAGCUCAACAACGUCUGAUGAACAACGGGCCCCAAUCGUACUUCCGCUGUCCACACUGUCCGAAAGCAUUCAUAAAUGCAUCCUUUCUCAAUGCACAUCUCUUCAGACGUCAUACAGAUGUUAUUGCAGCUCUACAAAAUGGUGAUCUCUCUACAUCUGGUCUACUUCAUCAAUCAUUUGAACGUGAAGUCAAUCAGAUAAAGCAAAAGGCUCCAGCUGAAAAACACCAGGCUACUCUGUCCACAAAUUUGGAGCAGCAGAUAAAAGAGGUGUUGGAUCACGUCAAAACACAAAUUCCUCCACUUUCACAACCACCGCCACCUCCGCCACCUGUGAGCUCUGCCUUUGUCCAGACGUCCACCCACUCACCAGAUUCCAUAUGGAAGCACCGAGCAGCAGAGUUGGAGAGACAAUUGAAAGAAGAGAGAGACCAACUGAUCCAGUUGGAAGAACGGAAUCGAACUUGGCAGGAAACGAUCACUUCACAACACAAGGUUGAUGUUGAAAGAGUUCGGGAAAUGUUUGAGGUUGAGCUUCGCAAUCUUCGAGAAGAAAAUCUUGAGAAGCAAAGGGAGCUUCUGCAGCUUCGAAUUAAAGGAGCGAUUCCACUAAGUUAUGGGGAUCUGGAAGAUGAUGUUCCUCGUCAGAAAAAUAUUUCAAAAUAUCAAGAUUCGGCUACGAUCAUCUCAACUCCUCAAUCGAUGCAACAAACUGAGCCAGAAAACGCUGGAGAUAUUUCAUUUACAGAAACAUAUACUCUUCCAUCGUUCAAAAUGGUCAAUAAUGCAAAUAAAGCUGGUAUCGAUGAUUCCUUAACGACUCUGGAAAUGUUCAAAGUAUUUGAUGAACCAAGUCUUGUUAAUGAGGCCUUUAACCUCUGCUCUGACUCAUCCGGAUCCUCCAAAAAACCGCCCCAAACUCGACAAACCAGUCAAAGUGAUAUACCCAGUAGAUACAAAGGGAUUUGCCCACAAGUUACUCGAACUGAAAAUGCACCUUCGAGAGUUAGUUUCGAUAGAGAAAAUCAAGUGGCCUCGCCUUUAGUGAAUCUCAAAUCGGCUUCACCGAAGAGAGGUAGAUACCAUCCCCGGGCGGAGAAUAGAAUAGUCCAAAUUGUGGAUGAUGACAGCUAUAGCACAAAGCAUGCCAAGGAGCGUCUCAGACAGUCCAAUUCUCCUGAAAAGGCGGUAAAAAAGGAAUCUAAAGCGGCUGAGAAAUCCCUCCAAACGAGUGAGCCACAACUGAGAGCUGACGCGCUGGAGGAAAUUCCUCAUUACAAAGUUCAAUUGAAAGAAUUCCUAGCAAAUCCAAGUGUAAUGAGGCGUUUUCGCGAUGAAGCGGAAUCCCUAUUCGAAGAGCAACUAAUGGACCGCAAUAUUGAACCGAGUGCUAAAGGUCUUUCGAGACAUAGAUCCAAUGAAUUAACAGAUAUUCUUGGUCAGGACCGAUUGCAUCUUGCUCGAAAGUUCCCGAAUUUUGAGGAGAUUCGCGCAUCCCUUGCGAGGAAAGUUGAUCGCUUGGCUCUCCAUGCCCUCCACUCCAAGCGCGAAUACACCAGUUCGUCUCCAAAUCGUGAUGAGAGGAGCAGCUUCAAACGCGCUCGAUCCUCCCGAACAUCAGAACGUGGGAGACCUCCAAGUGGACGUCCAUCAUCUCUCACCUCCCUCGGCACUAUCCUCUCACCUAUUGCUGAACAUCAGCAUGCCGCCACAGCAUCGCCUACUGUCUAUAGACGUCCAGUUGGGGCUAAUCAGGCUCAGUCGAAACAGUCACUAUUUGAAAAUUCAGGAAAUGAAGAUGAUGAUGUCACUGAAGUGAAUGGAAACAAGAAAGACGAGAAGGAGAUCAAGGGAGGACGAAGAGAAAGGUGA